CGGCCGGGUAGGUUCCUAUUAUACGGGUUCAUUAUUCGGGUCGGACCGUCAACCAAAAUUCUUCUGCAGUACUGACACAAUGUGCAUUCCUUCCUGACUACUCUUCUUCUCGGAGAAUAAAAGCUCAAAAACCAUGGCCUAUGUUCACGGCGAAAGGUCAACCCCAUUUCUCUCUAUACUAAGGGUAUCUCCCUCUUGAGCCAUUGCCAAUAUAAAGGUGUGUUCGAAACAAUGGAAGCCGGAAAGUCUUCUGUUAUUGCUUCGAAAAAGCCUCCUCCUACACCCAAGUCUAUAAUACACCAGAAAUUUGGUAGUACAGCUGUGUACACAGUUGAGGAAAUCCAAGAUUGCACUCAAAAUGGAUGUCCUGGUUUAUGCAUCUCACAGAAGGGUCCUUGUCUCUACCGCUGCACUCUGACACUUCCGGAAUUCUCUAUUGUCUCUGACAUCUGUAAAAGAAAAAAGGAUGCUGAGCAAUCUGCUGCCGAGAAGGCCAUAGAAAAGCUUGGCAUUCAUCCAAAUAAAGAUAAUCCUACUCCAGAGGAAGCAUGGGGUCAAUUAGUCGGUCGCCUAUCAUAUUUGUUCUCAGAUGAGUUCCUUUCUUCAGUGCAUCCAGUUAGUGGUCAUUUAAGAGCUGCAUUACAGAGAGAAGGUCACCUUAAUGGUUUUGUUCCAGUAUCUGCAAUUGCUGUCUGUGAUGCAAAGAUUUGUAGCUUAUGCAAAUACAUAAAACCUGAGGUUGAGUCAAAUAUUUUGUUGGUGAUGGAACUUAUUCAUAGGGCAGCUGAAAAAUUAGGUGGUUCUGUGCUCUUCUCUGAAGACCAUCUUUCACUGAAGAAGUUGAAUGCAUACCCUCCUGAGACUAUGGAACCCUUAUUAAAGUCUGAAUCUGGCAUGGGUGAAAGCAUUCCAAUUGAGGUGAUACGAAUUCCAUCUUCCGUUAAGAAGACUGUAGAACCUAUGAUCCUUAAUGCCUCUGGCAAUGGCUAUUACCUGGAUGUUAUUGCAUGUGAACUAGGUUUAAGGGAUGCUUCUAAGGUUCUGAUUUCUAGGACUCUUGGCAGAGCUUCCUCAGAGAUAAGACUAUAUUACUGUAUUCCCAAUGCUAAAACACUUAGCCAAUCAUCUCAGUGUCAUACCAAUCAAACUGGUCAACUUGAAGGAGAAUUUAAUGUCAGGGCAAGCUACUUAUGUGGUCAAGAUAUAUGUGGUGAUGCAAUUUUGGCAUCUCUCGGGUACACAUGGCGGUCUAUUGAUCUUUUUCAUGAAGUUGUGUCCUUACGUACAUACUAUAGGUUGCUUGCCUCUAAGAUACCUAGGGGAAUUUACAAGUUAUCAAGGGAGGCAAUACUUGCGGCAGAACUGCCUGCAGUAUUCACAACACGGAGCAAUUGGAAAGGUUCCUUUCCAAAAGAAAUCCUUAUUGUAUUCUGCCGCCAGCAUCGACUAUCUGAACCUAUCUUUCUAUGUAAUCCCUUCGAAUCACAACCAGCUUUGCAGGGAUCACCUGAUUCAGGUGGAGAUAAAACAAAUGGAAAUGAUCAACCAAUGGUACCUAUUGUAGAAUAUAAGUGUGUAGUCAAGAUUUUAUCCAAGUGUCAGGAUUUGAUUAUACAGUGCUCACCAAAAGAGUCUUAUAAGAAAGAGGCUGACGCAAUAGAGACUGCUGCUUUGAAAGUCCUUUCAUGGUUGAAUAUAUUUUUUGUUAUACUAGAUUUGUCCGAGGAAACUGUUACCUUUGCUUCCAAGGAACUUGAUAUCCUUAUUUAUCCCCAGCACUUUCUUAAGGAGUUUGCUUCAUGCCUGUCUGUGCAUUACCAGUUUCAGAGCAUCGGAACACAGUCCCACAGUUUCUUGGCCUAUGAUUACAUGAAUCAACAGAAUCACAAGCUGGUAGAUAAGGUAUCUUCCGUGAAGAUAGGCGGUCACGACUCUGGAGUUACUCCGUCUACUGGUUCUUUAGUUUGUAUAAGUUAUACCAUAUCUUUGGUUGCCGAAGGGGAAUGCACAAAGGAAUAUAUUGAGAGUAGUGAGGAGUUUGAGUUUGAGAUUGGCUGUGGCGCUGUUUUGCCUCUUCUAGAGGCAGCUGUUACACAGAUGUCUGUUGGUCAGUCUGCAUGGAUUAAUAUGGAGUUGCCUCCCGAUGAGUUCAUUCUAGCAGCAGCUCGUGAUUCUGAAACUAUUGUUACAUUAUUGUCAACAGGAACGUGCUUUCUGGAGUGUGCAAUAACUUUGCUGCGGGUGACAGUACCCUUGGAGGACAGAAUGGAGCAGGCUUUAUUUAAACCUCCUCUAUCAAAACAACGUGUUGAAUAUGCAUUGCAACACAUUAGACAAUCGUGUGCUGCGUCUUUGGUUGAUUUGGGUUGUGGCUCUGGAAGUUUAUUGGAUUCUCUAUUAGACUAUCCAAGUUCUUUGGAGACGAUUGCUGGUGUCGAUCUUUCACAUAAAGGUCUUGCCCGUGCAGCAAAGAUACUCCAUACGAAACUGAAUGCAAGUAUGGAUACUGAACCAUCGAUUAACAAAGUUGAAUCUGCUGUCCUAUUUUAUGGUUCCAUUACAAAUUUCGAUUCUCGUUUACGUGGAUUUGAUAUUGCAACCUGCUUGGAGGUCAUUGAACACAUGGAAGAAGAUGAGGCUUGUAUAUUCGGGAAUGUUGUACUUAGCACGUUUUGUCCACGCAUUCUUAUUGUCUCGACCCCAAAUUAUGAAUACAAUCCAAUUCUCCAAAGAUCUACUCUUCAAAGCCCGGAAGAGCGAGAUGAGAAUCAAACAUGUAAAUUCCGCAACCAUGACCACAAAUUUGAGUGGACAAGAGAGCAAUUCCGCCACUGGGCAACUGACCUAGCUCUGAGGUAUAACUAUAGUGUUGAGUUCAGCGGAGUUGGUGGGGAUGGUGAUAAAGAACCAGGGUUUGCCUCCCAAAUAGCGGUUUUUAGAAAGAAAGACGGGGAAUUUUCGAUAACAGAUGCUGCUGAAAACUAUGAAGUUGUAUGGGAAUGGAAUAGGAGUAGUAAUUCAUGAUCUGCACUCUAGAAUCUUUGGGCUUGCAAUGUCUUCUUUUGCUACAUUUUUAGUCUAACCAUAUGUAUGGUAAAAUUGCUCUCUAGGCCCCCCUCUUACCCUACCCCCCAUUGUAAAACAGUUACAUUUUGGUGGCUCUAAGUUCUAAUGUAUGAACUUUUUCUACCUGC